AUGGAUUACAUGCCGAGCAACGAGGUCAUGAUGUCGCCAACCUCGAUGCAGCCACCACCGAGGCCUCGCAAGAAAGCUCCUACGCUGCGAGACGCUGACUGGGAUCCGCACCAAGUUCUCAUCACUGAGCUCUAUACAUCCGGGAAAACUUUGAAGGACGUCAUUGCAAUCGUCAAGGCUGAGACCGGAUUUCACGCCGAAGACCGACAGUACAAGUCGCGCAUCAGCAAGUGGAACUUGGACAAGAAUACCAAGACAAAAGAGAUGAAGUCUAUCGUCAAAAAGCGACAGAAGCGGAAGAUUAUCGAGGACGACAAAGCAGAACUGAUGUUCUCAGUGCGAGGCAACGAACUCGACUCGACUAAGAUAGAUCGAUGGAUGCGUGAGCACAACGUAGACGAGGACGAGCUGUACUCUCCCAGUUCGUUAGUCUCUUUGUUGACACACGACAGCUACCCCGUCAGCAGUCAAAUGUCGCACCAACACCCAGCCCAGCACUCCGAUCAUGCGGAGCUUGACUCCAACAAUAAUUACAAGCGUCAUUUCGGAGCCAUCGCUAUAUCAUCAUCAGUUUGA